AGGAUGUACGUAGCGUUACCGUUUCACACGUGAGAAUCUUUUCUCUAACCUUCUCUGGCACUCCACCACGGAAAACUAGCUAAUCUUGGGUGACACUAUAAACGGAUAUUUGUUUUCAAGCAACGGGCCUAUUGAAGAGACCAGUAUGAGCCAUUUCAGUAGACCCGACAGACACAGGACACCAUCGUUGACCAGGGCAACACACCUUAGAGCAUUCAAGUCUGACCUGGAGCGAGAUUCGGGCUUCUCAGAUGCCAGCUCUGAGUACCUCAGUACAGUCGAUCUGACUGACUCUGAAGAUGCAGGAAGGCACGGGUCGCUUGUCGGCCAGGACCCUUCUGGUCCGCAGGUGGCUUUGAUAGGAGGCUCGUAUGCUGGACUGUCUCCAAUGAUCAUCAUGAAUAACAUUGUCUUAAAACAGCCAUCCCCGAUGGUUCCAGCAGAAAAACAGUGGGGUUUUCCUUCACCCUUGGAAGUAAUGCCUCAGUCACAGGUGGUUCUUCUUCAACCCAUGGUAUCAAAUGGUAGCAACAGCUCUCCGAAGACUGGCUCUGAAAAUACCCGACAAUCAAAAAGCUACAUGCCCAUCCUCAAGUCGUAUCCCAGAAUUGCCCCACACCCAGCGGACGCGCCCAUAAAGAAAGUGGAAUCCUCCAAGGUGAGGGUGAGCUCAACAUCAGGAUAUGACCGGCGAAAGAAAAAGCACCACCACGGCCACCGGCGCUACAGCUCCCAAAGCCCGCAGCCAGCACUGCAGACUACAGUCAACCCUAUCUCCAACUUUGAAGCAGCAAACCAUCAAUUACAGGCAGCUGAGAGUCAGGAGCACCUCAGUGACAAGUCUCUCUCUCCGUUGGCAAGGAGCAGCUCUUUGCUCCCCUACACAGAUGAAGUCAGGACACAUAUUGACAGCAACAGGAUGGAUGCUGACCAGGACUACGCAAUCUCAAUAGACAGUAUCAAACUGAAACGUUUCAGCAAUACCUACAACAUUCUCAACAAAUCUGGCUUGCUGGGGAUCACCAUGCGCACGAAGCAGCUGAUCAAGGAGAAUAAGCGCACCCAAGGCCAGCUGCAGCAGCUUCAGCAGCAAACAGCUCUGCUGCUGGAGGCUCUAAGCAGUGGAGACCCGCAGCUCUGGACUAAACUGCAGCUCUCUCUGCAGCACACAGACAAGGAGCAAUGUGGAGCUAAAGCCAAGAGAGUCAUAGCGUGAUAUAUUGAUGGAUAUGACCAGCAGUACUCAAUCAGGGGGACACAAGAUGAUUUAUUGAAUGUAAAAAGGUAUAUCUCAAAUCUUUACGCGUGAAAUAGUCAUUAGCAAUCAGCGAUUUAAGUAAACAUACAAUAACUUAACUAAACUAUAUACUUUCACGCUUUUAUCAGGACAGUACAAAUCAUCUUAACAUUCAGAACUGCUGGUCUAAUAUAAAGCUGAAGCACAUUAAUACCAAGUGGGAGUGAGAAGCAUGCUUACAUUUCAAACCCUUGCCUAUAAUAAAUUUUCUUGCCUCUGUUGUUUCAAAAUGGCAAGAAUCACUUGCAAUAGGGCUAUGGCUUCUAUAUGUUGAACCCCUAAUUGCAUAAAAAGCAUGUAUACAUCACAUGCGAGGGCACAUGGGGUUAAUUCCUUAUACAUGUCCUGAAUGUGAUUGCUGUAUAGAAAAUAUAAGCAUACUUUUUUAAACCCAGUGUGGACACGUGGCCUGUGUUUCAAUUUCCUCUUUACUGAGAUCUUAAAUCAAUAGGACAGCGUCUUGUCCAUUUUUUCAUUUACUUUGUUUUUUAAGUUGGAUGAGCAGAUGCCUCCUUUGUGAGGAAGUGUUUGUAUAAACUAACAGUUUGUAUUCUCAAACAACAGCUGGAUAGCUCACAGUGAGAGUUCAGAGGGAUGGCAAAACCAUAACAUUUUAUUUUUGUUUGUAAUUUUACAAAGGUUUUGUUACUUGGUGUCAGUAUUAUUUAUUUGUAAUAAUGUUUCGGACCAAGACUAAAGCAGUGUGAAUAAUAUUAACAAACCAAGCACAUUAUAACGAGUUUGCCAGUUCACUGGUAAAGAUAUCUAUAAGAACUAUGUAGGAAUUUGCGAAAGAUAAAACUGUAGCAAGUGAAGUGCUGUAGCCAUAUAUAUUUUCUUUUGACUUUGCAUAUGUUCCUGCCAUGUUCAUUCCUGCUGCUUAAGCGUAGUGUUAUGUAUGAAUGGAAACUUCAAGGCAAAGACAUGACAACUAAAUAGUUUCAUAUUACAGACUCUUGCACUUUAGUUAUAAGAUUACUGACAACUUGUUUAGACAAAUGUUACAACUUGUAUCCCUAAAUGAGCGUUUUCUAUGUGAAUAUAAAUGUUUAUCUGGAUGCCUGUGCCUUUUUGAACAUGUUAAUGUUUGCACUUCAUAUCAAUGCUUGAGCAGCUUAGAUUGUGAGCUUCAUGUGGAGGAAAGUUAAAUGUACUUAAAGGUCUCCAAAGAAUUAAUAUUCUUCUUUUAAACUAAACAAAUCAUGCCCUGGCUAGGCGAUCCAGAGUUGAUGUAGAAAGAGCAUGAAGACAAGUUGAUUCAUAAAUGGUUUGUUUUUAAAUGUAAAGUCAAGGUUACCUGUUGUAUUAUUUAUUUUAGUAACAAUAUGCUACUGUUGCAAUAUUUUUUAAUCAUGAGUAGUUGUAAAACUAAGAAAUGAUCAAAUUAGUUUUGAAAGGGCAAAAUUAGGGUUACAAAAAUAACUUUAAGAUUACUAUUCAAAGAUUGCUUUUUUUCUUGUUUUUGUGAAGUGUUUUCUGUGUUGUUUAGCAAAUGUCACUUUGACUAAUAAUGAACUGUCAUAAAACUCUCUUUGAAGACCA